CAUAUUAUGUGGGUAUGACAGAUUGAAUUGUCAACUUCGAAAAGUGUUAUAUGGGUUACGAGAAAGGCACUGAGCUUUCAAAAUGAUCACCUUCAAAAUUACUUUUUUACUAUCUUUAAAUACGGAUUUGGAAUAUCUAAACGAGAGAAACAAUAAAUUUAGUGUAGAAAACAAAUCAGCAGUUACAGAAGAUGGAGCUAAGAAAGUACACGAACUCAAAACAGGAGAGUUGAUAACUUGCUUGAGAAUUGAAUAUGAAUUAUUACCGAAAAAAUUCAAAUACACUGUUGAUGUAACCUGUUGGAGGAAUGUAGCUAAGGUAUCAUCCCCUGAUGGAUCCCGAUAUUACAAAAUAUUAGAAUCGGAUCGAAUUCUUUGGAUUCCAAUAUGCAUACAUCAUUUCUUGAAGGAAUUAACAGAAGAUGAGCUAGUGAAUUUGCACUCACACAUUAUCGCGUUUAAUGUGACUACAACAAAGAAAGAUGUAACUUCGAAGCUAUCGUCUCUUUAUUGUUUGGAAAAUGAGGCGACGAUUGAAAAAUUUGUGGAAUAUUACGAAGCAGAUCCAAACAAAGCUGAAAAUCAUCACGAGAGAGUUGAUGAAACCACGGAAUUUCUUCAAAUAUCAAAGAAAUGUGCGACUUCAGACAAUAUUAUUUCCUGGAUAAGAUUCACAGGAAAAACACACUGUUUCUUGGUUUACGACACGAUAUCAUCCGUAAAGAAAGGUGACCAAAUUAAAUGCAAAUAUUUCGCAUCGUCGUCAGAGAUCACCUCAGAAACGAAACAAAACGAGAAAUCGAAAACGAAUAAGAAACCAGAAGAAAAAAAGAAAGAUCCAUAUUUCAUCGUGCCUGGCGAGAUAUUCUUCACAGAUCCAUCAAUGGCAAUAUAUGAACUUAAAGAACCGAACGAAUUGCUGAGCGCAGGUUUUCUGUUCCUGUCUGUUGAAAAUUUGAUGACAAGGGAACAGAAAUCUAGCCUCAAUCCAUUUAUUGUUAAGAUAAACAAGUUGGAUCGUCUUCCAGUGGAUAUUCUGGAACAACACGGGUACACAGGAAUAUUCAUUUCUUAUGAGAUUCCAUCCUUGGUACAAUAUGAUUCCCCUGUAAGACCUUUAAGUAGGACUAUAUAUUUCAAUGAAAGCCACGCUUGUCUCACGAAAGAUUUGAUAAGAUAUAAAUAUCUAGAAUUUUUGAGAACCCAAAGAGUGAAAGUUCAUAUCAAGGGAAUUCGGGAAGAAGAAAAUCAAAAUAAACCAGCACUGUUCGGCACAAUGAAGCAAGAUCAAAAUUUCAGCAAGCGUCUACAGCCCAGAGAAGCGUUCGAAUAUCUGCGCAGGAAGGAAAUGCACCCAAAAGUUCAAACUUUGGCCAUUGCAACUUACGACUUGAGUUCUCUCCUGAAGGAUAUUUGGUUGUACAAAAUGAAAGCUUCUUGUCAUCAUCCCAGUAACAUGCUCCAUGGAAUAACAGGGGAUAGUUCGAUCACAUUAGUCGAUAUCCUUACUAUACCUGAAAUAAAUUUAGCAAAUCUCGAUAUACCGAAGAAUUCCAGCCCUUUACUAGACGGCAUACUGGCUGCAGAACUGACUACAUUAGAUAUGGAAUUCUUUUUCGUUUCACCUCAGUUCGCGAACCGUCACCUUCAAAGUAAUACCAGGACAUAUAAGCGAUUUUUCAUCACGUUUUACGAUAUUGGACAAGCUAAGCAUCUUUUAGCAUCGAUCCUGCAACAUAACCAAGAAAUAAUCGGUUUAAAUGCCGUUGUUAUAGAUCCUGUUAACUUUUCGGAUGACAAAGUGAAGGUUGAGCUCCAUAAGAGAAAGAUGUCGAAACAACAGAAAGUUUCCGAUGAAUCUUUGCAGAAUAGACUUCAAGGCAUGACUCAUGAUAUCGAUGAUGUUAUCACUGGCUUCAUGAUUGAUAGUGGAACAGAAAUAUAUAUUUUCGUGGAAGGAAUUUCACAUGGCUAUAUUUUAGAGAUAUGGAAUAAAAUCCAUAAAAUCAAUAUCUCCGUUGCGAAAGUGUUGUUGAACUCAGAAACGGAAUUUGGGGAUAGGAUAUACAAAGAAUUUAUGUCUUUCGGUAUCUAUUCGAUUACCUUGAAAAUGCCACUCAAGGAAAUAUUUAAAAAUCAAGAUAUUUAUAUCCAAGGUCUUAUUCCUAUACCCUGCUCUAAGGCUUUGCAAAAAUUGCAAUUACUCCUACAAACAGAAUCAUUGAGUGAAAUGCUAAGACAAGAGCUGUUUCCUGCAACCAAUGAACUUACUAGUUUCAGUUUGGAAUGUGGAGUUCCCCUGAGAUUCUGCAAAUGAGAUGGUCGAAUAUUAUGUUGAAAUAAGAAAAUAUGUAUUUUAUUCCGAUUUAAAAUAAUGUCAUUGAAUCAAUAAAAAUUAUUUUAUAUAUUU